AUGACAUACUCAAAAGAGCACAUGAAGAACUACAAGAAGAUCUCGCCAGUGGAUGUGCAUUUGGCGGAUUAUGGCGUGGUACAAGCAGUGGGAAAGGGAGACAUCAUCAUUUCAAUGAAGACAAAACACGGCGUCAAGAAAGGUGUGCUUACUGGUGUGUGGCACAUCCCCAAGUUGACGCGCAACCUGUUCUCUGUGGGACGUUUUACGAAGGACAUUGGCCCCGUCACAUUUGAAAGUGACGGGUGCUUUGCUUAG